GAGUCACUUUAUUCGUUAUGACGUAUGGUAUGUAAGAUAAUCAAUGGUAUGGGGGCUGGCUACGAACUUUAAGGACGGUUGGGGGCGGGGCCAGGACCGCUGAGUCUAACUCCCCUCCUCCCAACGAAGCUGUGGUGUUCAGGUAAAUCAGUUGCUGCCCUGCCAGGCUCCCUAGAGGUCUCGAGGAGCUGCAAAGUAUCUGGAGGCGGCCGGAGGGGUUUUCUAAGCCCUACCCCCACCCAGGCUGCGGAGUAUAUGUAAAUCGGAUGCGGAGGAGCCUUGAUCCUAGGCUUUCUUGGGGCCCUGGCAGCGGUGGGUCACUUGUCAAGUAUUUGCAAAACUGUCUCCCUAAAGUCCCAAAAGGGAGGAGUUGUAUGGAAUAGGACGUGGCUCCCUGGAGUUCCAGAGAGAGAAGCUGGACACUCACGUAAAUUGGCUGGUUGGGCGGGGCCAGGCUCUCUAAGGCUCCCUGAGGGGCUGGACAUAUGUAAAUCAGUUCAGGUUGGGUAAGGAGGGGUUCCCAGUGGCUUACAAACCGGAUACGCGUAAAUAAACUGGGCUUGAGAUUGGAGCUCCAGAGCCCGAGCUACAGUCUGACGCCCCGCCUGGUCCUUUGGCCUCCUUCCACCUGAGGCGGGAGGGGUUCCUGGCGUCACAGUUGGAGAUCAACGCUGCGGACAGAGAUCGCCUAGUGCGUGAAGGACCAUGGAGGCCUCGGCCGAGUCCUCUGAGGUCCCCGCGGUCUGCCGCUUCUUCCUAGAGGGCCGCUGUCGCUUCGGUGCGCGCUGCCGUCAGCCACAUCCCGGGGCCCCGGCGCCGUCCCCCGAGGUUACGCAACCGGAGGCUGGGUCCAAGAAGCCCGCUCUGCGUACUGCUGCUGACGUCAUCCGACGCAUCCGCUGGGACCCGCGCCUGGACCCUGCUGACUUCUCGGUGGGCUACACCGACCGCUUCCUGGGAGUGCAGGAAGAGCCAUUCUGCGCCUUCUGCUGGGACGAGCCGCUGGCAGCGCUCGGACCCGGCGUGUUGGCAGUGCCGCAGCACCGCAUACGGUACUUCCGCUUCCGCGGCCGCCUGGUGUGGGACCGUGCCUCCCGUACUGAUCUUAUUUUUGGCUCGGGCUCUGUGGCUGGACGGGGACCCACUAUCCUUGAUGCGCUGGACGGCGGGGACGAGCAUCGGACAGAGGUCACGCCAGAAAUUCCUGACACAGAGAAAACAGGGGUGGGUUUAGAGGAUCUGGAUACCCAGGAUGCCCCUGCAGAAGGGGGUGGAAACCCGACCAGAACAGGGCUUGAUUCGGACCUGGAGACACAGGAAGAGGGUGGGGCAAUCAAAGAGACCGGAACUGGGCUUGAUUCCAGCCUGGAGACACCUGAAGUGGAUGGGCCAACCAAAGAGACCGGGCUGAAUGGGACCGCGGAGUUAGAAACGCCAGAGCCAAGCAUGUACUCCUCAGGAGUAAAGGAGAUCAGCCCAGCAGAGGAGCCCGGAGCUACAGUGCUCCCACAGUGGCAGGCGCAGGCCAUGGGAACUAAAGGGCUUUCUGCUGAAGAGAUGGAAAGUGUGUGGGAUCCAGGCGUUUGGCCUGACGACAGAAGGGCCCCUCGCCAGCCCCGGCCCACACAUUUUGUGGCACUGAUGGUGACAGAGCCUGGGCUUAGGGCUGAGGUGGUCAAGGCCCAAGAGCAUCUGGUCCGGAUUGCCCCUUCUUGUGCCGAGUUCCUGGUACCAGCACAGGCCCUGCACCUGACAGUGGUCUUGCUAAGGCUGACAGGCCCUGGGGAAGAGGCUGCAGCAGCUAGAGCUCUUCGGAGAGCCAUCUUGAAACCAGGGCUUCAGGCACCCUCCCAGUUACAGUUCCGGGACUUGGUUCUUCUGGGCCAUCACGUGCUCUGUGCCACACCCUCCCCUACACUGGCAGGCAUGGCCCAAACACUGACUCAGAGGCUCGAGGCUGAAGGGCUUAGAGUGGUACAGCUGCCAGAAGUACAACCACACCUCACCCUGGCUAAGGUACCACAUGGAACUCAGGCCUGCCUCCCAAAGCCUGAGUGCACCCUGAACCAGGAGCUAGGGAGGCAGCCCCUAAGUAAACUCUGGCUUUGCCGCAUGGGCAGAGUGGGGCAGAGCUAUCUUCCCCUGGUAGAAAUUUCCCUGGAGUGACCAAGGUUUCACAUUUCAGAUAAGAAACAGGCCAAGCAGAAACAGGUUCUCGCUCUCUCUCUUUAAUUUUGGUUUCAAGCUUCCAAAAUGUACUGUACUCAAUGCUCAAGGAGAAUGAAGGAAGGGGAGGGGAGAGGUAGGGAGGGGAGGCAGGGAGGCAUCUGGAAAAAAAGCAGCCCGACAGUCCAGCUGUUUGCGACCUCAGCACAUCCUCCAGUUACAUGGCAGAGGGGGGGGGGGUAAAAAGAAAAGGGGAGAAGGAAGAAAAGUAACUUAAAUAAACACACACACAGAGAAAAG